AGUAAUUUUACGAAGUUAAAUAUUCAAGCAACCUCUCAUUCUUAAUUUCCUUUUCUCGGAAAAACAAAUGGGAAGGAAAUAAUUACAGAGAAUAAAUAUCAGACUGGGGAAUUUAAAAAUUGAUUGCUUCUAGUGUGCUGUAAGUGGGAGUUUUUUUUUUCUCUCUCUCUCCCUCCAACAGGAAGUGAUUUGCAGUGUUCAGCAAGCCUUUUGUUGAGAAGGUUUCCUCAGAUCAGUGAGUCAUGCUUUAGCUCUGAGCCGGCAGGCAGGCAGCAGUCAGUAGAGAGUAUUUGCUCUUCCCUCGCAGUAUCCGUGAUCAUCGACAACAUAGACCUUUUUCUCGUACUUUUUUGAUUUUUAAGGCUAGAAAUCAGCAGCAGCCUCAUCACCACUGGAAACCAAACAAGCUGCACCACAACACUGGCAGCCUUUUAGAGACCUUUUUCCUCACCAUCCUCUUCUUCCUCUGCCCCAAUGCUGUGUUUCCAUGGAUUGUGUCUGUAUAUUUCCCUCUGACGGAUUGGAUUGCAGCUCUGGAUUUGACUAAGAGCAGAUUGGACUUUGGCGACAGCAGCGGCAGCAGCAGCUCAACACAACCACCACUGUAACCUCAAUAGAGAAAAUUACAGUCAGGUGGCCUGUGAUUGCUUAAAGGCGUUUGCUGCCUGUACUGCUGCUGCUAUGUUACAGGAGAGGGUAAUCAGCACUGCUCAGCCACAUCUGCCAGCACACUUGUGAAAGAGGCAAGCUGUGCAUGUCGGUUGGUGGAGAGAGCAAGAGAGAGAAGGGUAUGCUUCACCGUACCAAAUACAACCGCUUCAGGAAUGAGUCAGUAACAUCCGUCGAUGAGCUUCUCCACGGCCUGUCCAUGAACCCCAAGGUCUCGGCCACCCCCCAGUCUGCAGCCGAGACAUCUUACACACCCCCAACUGAGGUCCAGCCCUCCUCCACCACCACUGCUUCCAGCACCCCCACCAGCCACGGCUCUGAUCACCUGGAAGAUGGAGGCACCACCCUCUGUACCCUCAUCAACAAGGUGUCCAGCCUGAAAUUCAGCAACUCAGGCAGCUUGCUGGGCAUCAAGGGUCUGCCCUCGGCUGUCAAGGACCUGGCUGUGUCUAAGCUGCAGGGGGGUGGGGGAUCGGGCUCAGGCUGCUCCAGUGGCCCGAACCCCAGUGCGCCGACAGCAGCGGCAGCAGCCUCUGGUGUGGGCAGCUCUCUGUGCAGCUCGGCCUCCCAUUCAACCCCCUGCUCGCAGCUAGAGCCAGCCGUCAGCAUGAGCAAGAAGAGCAGGCUGGAUGAGCUCCAGCUCGGCGGAGAGGACUGGCAUCCAGGUGGAGGUGGUGGACUGGUGAGCAAACCCUCCAGAGGAUGGCUGCACUCGAGCGAGAAGAUCUCUGGUCCAGGAGUGACAUACAUUGUGAAGUAUCUGGGCUGUAUAGAAGUCCUUCGGUCGAUGAGGUCCCUGGAUUUCACCACAAGAUCACAAAUAACAAGGGAAGCCAUCAGCCUGGUGUGUGAGGCUGUUCCAGGGACCAAAGGAGCUCUGCGGAAGAGAAAGCCACCAUCUAAAGCUCUGUCCAGUAUCCUGGGGAAGAGCAACCUGCAGUUUGCUGGCAUGUCCAUCAACCUAAAUAUCUCCACCAGUAGCCUCAACCUGAUGGCCCCUGACUGCAAACAGAUCAUAGCCAACCAUCACAUGCAGUCCAUCUCCUUUGCUUCAGGUGGAGACCCCGACACAACCGAUUAUGUUGCCUAUGUAGCAAAGGACCCCGUUAACAGAAGAGCAUGCCACAUCCUGGAGUGCUCUGACGGGCUGGCCCAGGAUGUCAUCAGCACCAUCGGCCAGGCCUUUGACCUUCGCUUCCAGCUGUACCUGCAGUGUCCCUCAAGCAAAUUAUCCUCCACACAUGACAGGGUAUUAAACAUGGAGGAGUUACCAUGGACAGAGGAAGAGGAGGAGUCAGCAGAACAUCCUUACUAUAACAACAUCCCCGGCAAGAUGCCACCCCCUGGAGGCUUCAUCGACACCAGGCUGACCAAUCAGAAUGUAGCGCCAGAUGGAUGCCAGAUGGGCCCAGUUUCAGUCGAUCAGACAUAUUACCAAGGGCGGCACUGUGGAGAAAACUGGGGAGAUGAAAGAAAGCCCAUAUUCAUACAACAGGGAUCAUUUGAUAUAAACAGUCUGCCCGAGAGUAAAGGUCAGGCACCGAAAACAGGAGAGAUGCCUGCUUAUGUGAACACUCAGCAAAUUGACGCCCAGGUGCUCGCAGCGCUCCAGGCCGAGGCGGAAAAUGUGACGAAGGGCAUGGCAGCUGCAGCCAAAGAGAGCCCACAGAAGGACCUGUUUGACAUGAAGCCCUUCGAGGAUGCCAUUCAGUCGCAGUCCCAUCCGCCGACCCAGGGGCAAGCCCAGUCCCAGGUCUCCAGUCUUCAGAAGGAAGCAUCCGUGGACAACUCGAGCCCUCUUCUUGUUCGCUCGGUGGCCUUCCGAGCACAGGAGGAGCUGGAGGGCCAGACGUGGUACCAUGGCAAAAUGAGCCGCCGCGACGCUGAAAAACUGCUGAAAGAAGACGGGGACUUCCUGGUUCGUAAGAGCACUACCAACCCAGGGUCCUACGUACUGACAGGCAUGCACAAUGGACUUGCCAAACACCUACUGCUGGUGGACCCUGAGGGCACGGUACGGACAAAAGAUCAUAUAUUUGACAGCAUUAGCCAUCUUAUUGGCCAUCACCGUGACAACAAUCUGCCGAUUGUGUCAGCUGGGAGUGAACUGUGUCUCUUACAGCCUGUUGGAAGGAAACAGUGAUGCUUGCAAUGCAUGGUGGGAAAUGGGAAGCUCUGAACAGUCUCUCCUACCAUCCUGAAACUUGAAGAUGAAACAUGAAGAGAAGAUGCUUGAAGGCUCUAUGGGCUGACAGUGUUUUUGGGAAAUUGGCCCACGGUUACAUUACUGGAGGCACUGGAAGAAGCAAGAUUUGAAGAAAAAAAAAGAUUUAUAGAACUGUUAUUAUUUUGUUCUGAUGACUGAAAUGCUAUAUUUUUGAGAAGACAUAGGUGCAUUUGGAGAUAAUAUCUUGAUUUGGUGUUUUAAAAGAUAAAAAAGACAAUUGUUCUUGUAGUUUAGAUGAAGUGCAAAUCAAGCCUCAAAGAGGUGUUAACAAGAGUAUUUUAGAAUAAAAACCGCAAAUUUUAGUUUUGUCUGUCAAGCACAACCACAUUUCUCGUUCAGGAAACGUUGGCUAAGAGGUCGAGGAAACAAAAAACAGUUUGGACAACAAAUGCUGUUUAUAAUUAUUUAAAAUGUCCUUUCAUCUCACCUAGCGUGACAGCUCACUCAAUUAGUCACUAUAUGAAAUCUGCUUUUAUUGGGGAUUAGAACUGAAUGUGUUUUGCUUUGCAGUAGUCACAAAGUGUUGGGGUGCAAACAGACAUCCUUCAUAGUGCUGUCAAUGGCUUUAAAGAAACUUUUUAUGAAGUAUUUUCUCGUGUCACUGCAGUCGCAUGACUUAAAAUCAACUGUUCUUGUGGACAUUGUUCGUAGACCUUGAUACCCCUUUAUUUGAAAGAGGUGCUUGUGUAUGCUGACACUGUAAAAAGUAUUUAUGCUUUUCAACCAGUAAUUAUUUCUGAAUUGGUUUUCUCUGAAUUCUUCUUUUUUAGGUGUGUAGUCAAUGAUUAGUUUUGGGGCUUGAGUCAUGCAAUGGAUGUUUUCACAUUCUUAAUUUUAGCAUUUGUUUUGGGUGAACUUUUAAAAGUUAUUGUUAUUAUUUGAAUGACCACAAAUAAAUAGCACAAUCAGAAAGUUUGAUCACUUAGAUCAUCUGUGUCAGUUGUACCAAGACGAAUUACCAAGAUGUAAUUCACCCUUUCUUCUCAAGAGACUGAAUUAGACAAACACACAGUGUGCACUCAAUACAGAAUGUUUAAUAUUAGAUGACCUUCACUUAUUGAUGUUCAACAAAAAUAUUAUAUUUCUGUGGAUAUUUUAUGGCAAGACUACUGUAUUGCCACUAGAUGUCAUCACAGAAAUACUGGUUUACCCCUGUCAGUCACACUCACCUUAAUUCUCUCGUGUUAUUAGUAGCAAAGGAUGCAGGCUGUGUAUUGCUUUACAUACUACAGUACAGGGGGGGAAACCAUUGUUGCUUGACGGGUCAGAGGUCAUUUGCAUUUCCACUGUACACAAUCAUUCCUCAGAGCAGUUUACUGCAUUUCGUGUUAUACAGACUGUUGUUUGUAGAGAGGGAAUCAAACAAUUGAAAUGGCUAGUAGAAAUAGUACACAGCAGUUCUAGCUACAUACUUUUAAAAUGCUCUCAUCUUUACUAUUGUCAGUACUCUGAUGGAUACCAAAUGAUUGGGGCAUUGUAUUUGAUAUGCACUGGACCACUUCAGUUGAACGAAAAUCAGCAUGUGUUCAAUGAGUUUGACAAGACAGAUGCAAUGUAAUAUAAUGUGCCUGUAUUUUGCUGCAAGAGGGAGUGUACAGUACAUGCAUCUCACAACAACACAUAUGUUUAGCAAAGAACAGUAUUGGGAUCAAAAUGGAAAAAUAUCCACCACCAGAUUACUUUUGGUUUAAGCCGACUUGAUUCCUUGUGUCCCUUUGAGCAGAAGAACAUACUGGCAUUUUUGAGAGAAUGCUGAGAAGAAAAUGGCACAAAGAAUCAUUGAGUUUUUUUUUUUUUUUUUUUUGUUUUGUUUUACAACAAUCCAUCAUUACCUUUAAUUCCACUUCUUUGUGACAUAAUUUCAUCAAAUCUAAUAUCUUGGGAGAAGGAAUAAUGCGCUAAAUUAAAAAAAGCAGUAUUCUAAUGUAAAGGAUUCUUUUGUGAUUAGUCUUUAUUUCUGAAAAGCAAAUUUGUAGAAUCACCUUUGACAAAUGUGCAAAGGUUUUGAACAAAGCAUAUACAUAUAAAGCAGGAACAACUCCAUACUUGAAACUCUCCGAUAACGUGAUGAUUAGCUGUGUGGCAUAAAGAAAUUAUACAACCAAACACGCUGGGACACAGAAAGAACAUGGCUUCUUUCCAGAUUUCUGUUGAUGAAAAUGUGCCUUUUAUUUGUACAAAUGGUAUUUUUAUUUCUCUUUUCUCUCUCUCUUCAAAGUGCAAUAGCUGAUCUUCAAUGGGGCAUGCCUGUUCACUAGAGGUUGUGUUUUGCCCUGCUGCGUGUUGCUGCUUGAGACUACUGUUUUCUCUAUCUGUCUCUCUCCCUCCCUCCCUCUCUAUUAUAUAUUAUAAAUGUAUCAUUUCCAGAUUCUAAAUAUAAAUCUUCGUCAGAGGGAAUCACACAAAAACUCACUAUUUUGGAACAGGUAAAGUAAAAAAAAAAAAAAAAAAA